CGUAUGAAAUUGCUGGAAGCAAAUGAGCAGAUAGUGACACUUGACCUUAAAACGAGCACUGCGGUUAAAGCACCACAAAAAUGGCAAACACUCGAUAAUAUCAUCAAUAAAGUGAAUCUGAAACUUGGUGGUAUCAACUUUGGUUUACGUUUGGAGACCGAAGGUGCUCAAAAAAGCAUAAUGAAUCCGAAUCGUAUCAUUGUUGGUAUGGAUGUGGCUCAUCCGCCAGCGAUUAACAGACGAAGAGACGAGGAGAAUUUGGUGCCCUCGAUUGUUGGGUAUUCAUCGAACUGUAAGAAGCAUCCAUUGGACUUUAUUGGUGGAUAUCGUUACGCUAGAGCGAAUCAAGAGGAGAUAGCAGAUUCAACUAUUACUGAUCUAAUGGUGGAAUCAAUGAAAAAAUUCAGAGAGAAUCGUAACAUUCUACCGAAUCAUAUUAUUUUACUGAGAGAUGGUAUCUCAGAAGGACAGUAUACAUAUAAUUGGGAUGGAAUGAGAGGCAUGUUGAAGGUGAUCCAGAACGAAGUUGAGCAAGUGAAGAGUGCGUGCGGUCAAAUUGGUGGUAAUGCUUAUCGCCCACAUAUUACGUUCGUGGUUGCCACGAAAAUGCAUAAUUUACGUCUCUUCAAAAAGGUUUCUUAA